UCGUUAUUUACUUUGCAAGAAAUAUUCUAAUGUUUUUUUUAUUAAAAAGUUUAUUUUAUUAAAAAGUUAUUAAAUAAUUUAUAAUAAUGACUGAAUCAUCAUUUAGUAAGCCAACAAAUGAUUCACCAUUUUUUCGAAACGAACCUGUAAAUUACACGACUGAAAUUCGUCAAAUGAUGCAUGGAUUUGGAGACAGUAGUGAACCAUUAAUUGAAUCUGCGAAAAUUGUAGAAGAAGUUGUUUUGCAACAAAUGAGAACAAUAAUAAAGAAAGCUUGUGAAGUUUCUGAAAGACGAGGAAAUUCGAAAAAGAAUAUCUGUGUUUCCGCAGAAGAUCUAAUUUUUUUAUUACGUAAAAACAAAGUAAAAUUGCAGCGACUUAUAAAAUAUUUAGACUUAAAACAAUUUAAAGCUUCUAUACACAAAACUAUAGAUAGUGAUUUACCUGAAGAUAUUCUGGAAAAUGAAAAUUUAAAUGGAUCCAAAAAUAAAGGACCACUUUAUAGUUUUCUUAAUGAAAUUAAUAACACAGGUGAACUUCUUGAAGAUGCAUCUACUAUAGAUGAAGUUAAACAACAAAGAUGUGUUCGUGCUGAAAUUAUGACAAGAUCUAUGGAUGAAGCUAGAUAUUUAAAAUUUAGUAAAGCACGUAAUGCAUCAUUUGCAAAUAAAAAUCGACACAAAUUUAGUGAUUGGAUAGCAUCAGAAAGUGAUAUAACAAUAUCAAAACAAGCAUAUACAAUUUUGGGUUAUUUAGCAUAUGAAACAGUAGCACAAAUUAUAGAUUUUGCAUUAUUAGUAAGACAAGAUCAAAAUAAAAUAUUUGGAGAUGCAAUAGAUCGUCUAAGACUUAGUUAUGUUAAUCCUUAUACUUACAAACCAUAUUAUCAUGGGAAGGUAGCUGUAACAAAACCAAUAACACCUGCUGAAAUAAUUGAAGCUCUCAGACGGUAUUGGUCUCCUCAGUUAGAUAUGACUGGUCCAUUUAAUCGUUGGUCUAUGAAAAAAUCACAUUUAAAACUUCUAUCAUGUUAAAAUAAAUAAAUAAGGAUACUAAUUUUGCUUCUGUAUCAUGGUGAAAGUAACGUCGAUACACGUACUUUUCCUUCUGCGCCACCAGUUAUACAAGUUCCGGAUUGAUUGGCAGUAGACCAGUCACAACAGAGUGUACCUUUAUGUCCACCUAAUUCUAAAAUUUUUGCUUGUGUACCUGGUGGCAUCUGAAAAUUUAUAUUAUAUUUAGUAUCAAAUUGAAUAAUAAAAUUAUUAAAAAUAUUUAAUAUAUAACUAGAUAGUGAAAAUUAUAUACUUUAUAUAUAUUUCCUCCAGUUUGUGUACAAAGUAACAUAUAGUUUCCACUUUGAUCGAAAGUAAAUAAUUUUCCAUGAACUGUAUUUUUUUCUACUUUAAUUUUUGUUU